AUGUAUCAAGUAUUUAUAUCAAAUACAGGAUUACGGGAAUUGUAUGAUUAUGGUGAAGAUCUCCCAUAUUAUGAAAAAUCAAACAGAUUUAGAUCAGUGAAUAGGAAAUUUUAUCCGGCGAUCGAGAGGAGAUUUAAUUUUAUUAUAGAGUAUCACAAAAUUAGAGAUGAUGGUGUACGUGUUUGUGAUGUGAAAUGUAUAUGUUGCAGAAUUCAAAGAAUUUUUCACAAGGGCUCAAGGGAAAAAUUUCAAAAGUUAGAAUUUGAUAUUGAAUUCGAUGGAAAGAUAACUCAGGAUUAUGUAUUGGAAAUUGUACAAAAGUUAAAUAGAAAAGGGAAGUUGUUACGAUUGGAUAAUAAAAUUAUCUGGAGAGAAGAUUUUAAUAAUGAUGAUAGAUAUAUGGUUGAAAAUGGGGACGAGUUGCAUUUAGAUUUCAUUGUGUAUCCUGAGAUUAUAGAGAAGCUUAAUAGAAAGAAUCAUAAUUAUGAGAUUGAAAUUAUUGAGGAGAUAUGUGAACUGAGGGAUGAUAAUGGGAUGCGAAAGAGGAGGUAUGAUUGUGAUGAUGAGAAUUCAAAAAGAUUAAAAACUUCUCAGAGUGAUCAGAAUAUUCUUUGA